CUACACUUCCCAACGCUCCUGAGCAACGGAAGUGACGCAAGGAGCAGGCGCGUUGGAGUGUUCGGGUAAAAAUGGCUGAAUAUUUAGCUUCGAUAUUCGGGACUGAGAAGGACAAGGUUAACUGCUCUUUUUACUUUAAGAUUGGGGCCUGCCGGCACGGGGACCGGUGCUCCCGACUUCACAACAAACCGACAUUCAGCCAGACCAUAGUGCUGCUCAACUUGUACCGAAAUCCACAGAACACAGCCCAAACGGCAGACGGAUCGCACUGUCACGUGAGCGACGUGGAGGUGCAAGAGCACUAUGAUAACUUCUUUGAGGAGGUGUUCACAGAACUGCAGGAGAAGUACGGAGAGAUCGAAGAGAUGAAUGUGUGUGACAACCUUGGGGACCACCUCGUGGGCAAUGUCUAUGUUAAGUUCCGCCGGGAGGAGGAUGCAGAGCGGGCUGUGACUGAACUCAAUAACCGCUGGUUCAACGGGCAGGCUGUGCACGCGGAGCUGUCCCCUGUCACUGACUUCAGAGAGUCGUGCUGCCGGCAGUACGAGAUGGGGGAAUGUACCCGAGGUGGCUUCUGCAACUUCAUGCACCUACGACCCAUAUCCCGGAACCUGCGCCGGCAGCUCUAUGGGCGAGGACCCAGGCAUAGGUCACCCCCAAGAUCCCAUACAGGCCACCGUCCCCGAGAAAGGAACCGGCGCCGUUCCCCAGACCACCGGCAUGGUCGCUUCUGAGACUGGUGCUCCUGUUCCUCACCCAAGGGCAGAGACGUUCCUGUGCAGGGUCCCUUCUCAAAGCCCUCUUCACUCCAGCUCCAUCCCAGGCUUCAGAGCUUCACGGUGUAAUCUGCUCAGCAGAGGAACUUGCUCCUCCCAUCCCUCCUCUAAUAAAGCUUUAGACUUUGA